AUGGAGGUCCCCAAUUCUGGCUUCGCGCCUAGCUACGACGCACCAGGCUCAGGCCAAGCAUCGAUGGACCAGGGGACCCACGAGGCAACAGACCAGGAGCGUAGAGAUUCCAUCUUACAGGCGAGUCGUCGAAAAUCGAAACGCUCCAUGAACAAGCCUAAUGUCAGACUGCGGCAGGCCAAUAUCUCUGAUUCAAGUCAGUCUGGCCAAGCUGGGGACAAGAAGAGGAACAAGCUGGGCUAUCACCGGACCUCGGUAGCUUGUGCAACGUCAAGGACAUUGCCGCAGGCGGAAAAUUCGGUGCAUAAUGUCAGAGGUACAAGCUUCUUCCCUGUGGACCAGGCGCCGUCUCAAAUGACUGAAGCAAAACCCAAAGCGCAAUCGAGACCUGGCGGGGGAUCUAACACCGCUUCCGCAUCGUCUUCUCCCGUUGUACUUCCUGGACAAGCCCCAGAAGGAUCCCAACACUAUCAGCACCGUCAAGGAGGAGUUCUGCCCUCGUCACAAAACGUACUACCGACAACUAUCCAGACUUCUGCAGCCGUAAAUCUUGGUCAGGACCCCACAGGCCAGUUUCCACGCAUCCCGGAGACAUGUCAAAUAGCUAACAAGCGAACAGUGCCUGUCUCGAGCACUACAGCGUCUUCUCAGCCCUACGAUUUUGCGAAUCCCCAAAUCACGAACUGGGCAUCACCAGAUGUUAGUUCCAACUAUGCAACAAAGUCAGGUGACUUGAAGGAAACGAAGAAGUCUUACGCUGAACAGUCCCCGAUUACUCCGUCUCCGUCGUUCUCGCCGUAUACAUCUCAAGCCCCACCGUCGGCCAGCUGGAGCAACGCAGACAUCAAUGCUCAAAACAAUAUGGGCUAUUCGUCAUUCACAUUAGGGAACCCUAUGGCAUACCCAAGAGGCACACAGAUACCUACACAGUACCCCACGAUGUCACACCAGGGCCGGCAGUUCCCCAGAAGGUCUUCGGCGGCGAUGACGACCGACAUGUACACGAACCCGAUUGCGACAAGUUUCCCAACUAUGGACCCGCACACUGUUUCCAUGUCUGCAGGUGCCAACCCGCCUUCAGGUUACGGUACUUGGCCACAGCAACAGCAGCAGCAGCAGCAGCCCCCCUACGGCUAUCCUAGGCCAUCCGAGGGAUACGACACUUGGACAGCUUAUGACAACAGUAGCGGAAGCUAG